AUGGAAGGCGCGGUGCCAAACUACGAGUACCCCUGGCUUGGAAUUUUAUUCUACUCGCUUUACGGUGGGAUGGGAGAUACGCGCUCGGUGACGACGGUAGUGCUCAUACACGUAGAGUUCGUUAUAGCCAACUCCGCCGACAUCGGUCCCAUGCCCAAGCUGUCCUUUCGCCAAAAGGCGCGCGUGCUACUAGGCGAGGGCUGGGAGCGCGGCGGCCGGCGCGUGCGCAACUACGUCGUGCACCCCGAGUACAGCGAGACAAUCAACAGUAUCGCAAUCAUACAUCUAAGGCAACCAGUGCGAAAUCGUAAAAUAUUCCAACCGAUAUGCCCGCCCCCCGAACGGAUUCGUCACCCGAAUUUUUGGGUAGUAAAAUUCGAUGACAACUUACAAGAACUGCAAAAGCGGGUGUUGCCGGUGACUGAAGUAUCCGCGGAUUUGUGCCGUGAGUUCUACAUUGAGAGAAGCCUAUACGAGGCGAAGCGGCGGCCAUCUUUCGUGAAAUGUGCGGUGUCGCUGGCGGAGCGUACGCCCUGCGUGUGGGGUGCGGGUGCGGCGCUGACCACGCGCGACAUCUGGGGCCGCUGGCAAUUGCUAGGCCUCAGCGUAUAUGGACCAGGCUGCGGGGCGCCGGCGCGCUUCCUCGAUAUGCUACGCUACUACCCCUGGAUUGAAGAGUCGUUGGAAAAAUUCCAGCGUAUCACCAUCUCGGAAAUCAACCAGCACAAAUACGUAUUGCGCAGUGGCAUUGCAGUCGGCUCACUGAUGCGUUUUGGAGAAUGUGACAACUUCGAGAUGCAAAACCUCAUCUACCGAGACUACGUGCGCCUGUCCUCCGACAAUACCAUGGUCAAACUUGCAGAGUACAACAUGACUGUAUUUGAAACGGUGCUGUACACAUGCUUGAUCAUCCAGCUCAAGUAUGCGUCGGCCUCGGCCUCGCUGCGUAUCAGCCAUUAUUGCCCGCGAAACUUCAACGGACCCGCCUGCUAUGCUUACAAGGGUACUCGGUUCGACAUAUCGAUGGAGGUGCUGUUUGUAGAAGCGUGCGCCCUGGAAGUACUCGCGUAUGGUCUCCGAAUCAACAUAUCGUUAAUCGACAUCGAGGAAUGGAAGCUGGAGGAGGGCACAUAUUAUGAGGAUCUCAGGCUCACUGGGGAGGAGUACCGAGGGCCGACGUACAUGACUCAGUACGGCUUCGAGCCCUUAGACGAGAAUAUGUGGGUUCCGGACUACGACAUUUGGUCUACUACGCCAACAGAAGUGAACGCCACGACCAAGUCGACCUCUGAAACGAGUGCAGCAACAACAACAAUAGAGACGACCACACCUGAACCGACUAAGGCGGGGUACUACUAUAUACCGAAGAAACAUUUCUCAAGGAUUACACCAAAAUGGAGGAGAGCUGGUGGUGGCACUAAUAAUGUUUGGAACUGGGACUGGUUCUGGAGAUGGAUCUGGAACUGGGGAUAAUCGACAUACUUUAUGA